CAUAGAGAUGCAGCUAUACAAUCGAAACCUGCCGUCACACAAGGAUGUAGUAAUCGUUGAAUUGGGGAUAACGUUGCAAACUUUGGGGCCGCCGAAAGUAUUUGUGUGAAUAAUUAAAAAAGAGAGAGUACUUCAAACCCUGCAUAAUACACUUUACUUAAACCAUGGUUUGAAUGCCGUUGGGUUACCUUUUUUUUUUUGCUGUUCAUUAUAUGUUAGUUAUAUCUAUUUUUAGUUUAUCUAUUUGUUUAUUUGUAUGUGUUUAGUUGUUUGUAAAUGUGCCACACUAAGUUCUUUUGCUGACUCACUGCAAGUGUGUCUUGUAAAUAUAUUGGUUCAAUAUAGAGGGAAAUCAAUCACUAACUGGCCAAGCUAUAGCGUUAGCUUGUUUUGCAACUUAAAUUAACAUACAAAUAUUCAUGAGUUACUACUUUAAGUAAUAAAAUAUAAUUUCAUAGUUAAAAAACAAACAAAAACAAAAAAAAUACAAUACUUUAAUUGAAAACAACUCUUAUACUUUUAUAAGUCGAGCCUUAUUUCCGUUCAUUGGGUACAACUCAAAGCUAUUGAAUAAAGGCCGGGACAUUUUGAGCUUUUGAGGUAUGGCGCAUGCGCAGUGUAACUGGAGCUACAACGUUGGAGGGUCACUGCAGACGGCGCUAGCCAUAAAGGGAUGGUGGUUUCAGCUCCAUGAACGCAAACUGAGAACAGGUGCUCUCUGCUUGCGCUCGGCCUGACAUAACGUUUUGGGUACGCUCGUGCGCUAGCUCGUGAGCCUUCCGGCAAGUGCAGUCCAGGUUUCACUGCGCAGGCGUUGUACCGCAUGAAAUGACGCAUGACAUCCACCCUUUUCACUGUUCCUGGUACAAAUAUCUGAUGUGUUCGCAUUCGCAACUGCGCCACUUGUUGCUACGGACGCCUGGCUCGUCGUCAACAGGAAAGAGCGGGAACUACUUCCGGGGGAAGAGAGUAAACUGGUGUCCACGUGAACUAUCUAAGGGUACAAAGUGAGGCGACUGGCCCUGCAAAGAGACAUUGAUCAGCAGUCGCAGCCCAGGGAGCUAGCCCAACCUUUGAUAAGCCAGAGGUCUGUUGCUGUGGAGAGGGGUGAAAUGAAGAUGGAGAAGAGUGAGCAGAAUUUUGUGAAGAAGAAGAAGAAACUCACAAAAGGACAAGCCUCUCUGCCUGAAAAGAAAAAUGUUUCUGUUGAUAAUGGGAGCCAAGCAGAGGUUAAAAUAGAAACGAAGAGUAAAAAGGUUGAUGUAAUUGUUAUAGAUAUAGAUGGGGAGUCUUUGGAUGAAAGUGAACAGAAAGAGAAGACAAAGAAGAGGAAAAUUGUCACUGAAUCUCUUAAUGGUUCUUGUGUUAAGAAUGGAAAUGACAAAGAAGUCAAGAAGAAGAAGAAGCUGGAAAUUGCACCGCUCAGUUCAGUAAAAGAAAAAGUGGAAGAGAAACCAAGGAAGGUGAACAAAAUACAAAAUAAGUCUGUUCAAACUAAACCACAAAAUGUAAAGAUGGAGAAAGAGCAGAAGGAGGAAUUACCAAAGAGAGCCAAGAAGAGAAAAACGAUUUUAGUUGUAAAUACAGAGAAAAGUGAGGAUCAAGUUAAAGAAAAGAAGAAACAGGAAAGCUGUGAAGGAAUAACUGUUACAAAAAAGAGAAAAUCUGCUAAAGUGACUGAGAACGGAGUGAAGUUAGGAACACCAGAGCGAGACACUUGUGAGGUAAAAGUGAAAAAGGAAGCCAAUGCUAAAGAAAAGCAAAAUAAAUUAGCAACGCCUCAGAUGAAAGGUAACAAAAGGAGCAAAGCGGCAUCAGGCCAAAAGGUGGAGAAAGACGAUAUGCCCAACAAGAAGAGAGACAAAUCCACAAAGAGCGAGAUUGUUAUCAUAGAUGAAGAGGAGCCUAAGACAAAGCCGAAGCCAAAGACGGAGCUUAAGACAAACGGAAACAAAGAAAAGGGUAGAAAAGCAUCUGUGAAGGUCAGCAAAGUAGAGGAGAAAGAGCCAAAGAAGAAGAAAAAGGGAAAAUCAACGGGAGAAGAGGAGGAAGAACCAUUAAUACUAAAAUGUGAGGAGGUUGAGGAGCAGAUUAGUAAAACGGGAGCCACGGACACGACGGGCAAGAAGAGCAAAAAGAAGAAGAAGAGCUCUGCUAAGGUGGAGACUGUGAGUUUUGGAACUGGUGCAAAAAAGAGGAAGAUUAAAGAAGAGGUGGAAGACCAACAUGACUCGCACAUCGUGGACGUGGUCUUCCUGUCGGAGAAAUCUGGAAACGCAGAUGAGGUCACCAUCAACCAGGAAAGAAGACAGGCUUUACAAAUGGAGAUCGACAAAGCCUCUCAACCCCAAAAACCAGACAACCCAAAGGGUCUCGGCCAGUGGGGCAGCGCCCAGUUCGACAGCUCUGACCAGCAGCAGAAGUUCCUCCGGUUGAUGGGCGGCUUCAAAAAGGGUUCCCAGCUGGCUGCGGCGAGCAGUGACAGAGCUAAUAUGGCACUGGGGAAGGACGCACAGCAGCAGUUGCAGCAAGGGCUUCUGGGAGACUUUGAACGCGCUCAAUCGCGCAGAAUGGACUUCAGUAACAGAGGGUCAGGACUUGGGUUCAAUGCACCAACCAAUAAGAAGUUGUCCAUCGACAUCAAUGCAUGUCGAUCAGUUCGCUUUGAUGAUUGAUCCAAGUGUGCGUGUCUUCAAGAGAUGGUUGUGUGGUUGUACAACUUUUUUUCAAUGGUUUUUUUUUAAACUUUAGAAUUGCACACUUGACAGUUCGCUCAGGUUCACCAGGAAAUCUACAUCUCACAACAGACUAUUAUUGUAACUUGUCUGUAAAUGAAUGUCAGAGACCGAACACACAACACGCUGUUUGUACAUACUGUAUAUUAAACAUCUGACUGCGUAAAAGAUUGUAACUGAGCAUUACACUGAGCUGGUAUAAAUGUCCUGAUGCGCACUACUGAGGAAAAUUGACAGCUAAUAUCGCAAUUUGUCUCUUAAAGUUUUGUUACUGAAUAUAAAAAUACAUCCUUUAAAGGUGCCAUCUGAAAAAGCAUAAAAACAUUUUUUUUUUUAAAACGCCCUCUACUCAACAAUGUGAAGAGGUUACAGUGCCGACACAUCAACGAUGUAUUUAUUGUGUUGCAGAGAUCUCUACUGAAACCAGGAUGCUAACUAGCUAGCCCCGACCCGCCCUGUCUCGUAAUACCAAGUAUAGCUAAUGCGAGGUUUUGUCAAUCACGUCGAAGCUACAGGGCCCGUGUACUGUGUAUUUUUUAUUUUUUUUAUAAAAUCCAAAGUGGCGGACUCGAAAACUACUUAUAUUUUUGUUUCGUCUUUCCCACCACCAGUAUACUACUUUUCCAGUGUGGAGGGCAGGCGGCGGCUCCGGGAGACAGUUGGCGGCUACACUUCGCAUUCAGCCAUGACAAACCUCAGAACAUGGGUUCUGAUCCCGCCCGAUCGUUACACGGGUAGCCUACGCUGAGUCCUGCCGCUGGCCGAAUGCUCUCCUCACAGUGAAGUAGUCUCCUGGUGGACAAGACAAUUCAAAAAUAUACAAGUUCUCGUUUAUGCUGCUUUGGAUUUAAUCCAACAAACACUUGUGCGGUCCGCCCAGCUCUGAGUUAGUGUCACAGUAUAUAACUAUAGGCCACUGCUGCAUGGCAAGAGAAUACCACUGCAGUCUUAUUUUGACUGGCUGAACUUUCCUGCAUUCUUGCUCUUUUGUUGGUUAGUAGUUUGCUUUCUUUAUGACUGUAUAGACCCAGCAGAAAAGGUGAAAUGCUGCCUCCUAUUUCUUUGAAACA